CCCUAUUCAUGUCAUGUGCCUUUCAGGCCCCAAGAUGGAUUCAUAGGCUGGGUACUAUUAUUGUGUGUUUUCUCCUAACCUUUCAGGUCAGCUUCCAAUAGACAGCUGGAAACGGCCUGUCACGUGGCCUUGGGGUGCCAAUGUUCUGCCAUAGGGGUGUCAAGACCCUGGUAGCCGGAAAAAUCAUUUUGGGGAAUCCCAGAGAUGCAGAAGACAACAUACUACGACAGCUCCACGCUAUUUGGGGGCUACUCCUAUGGGAGCACCAAUGGGUUCGGCUACGAGGGUCCUCAGCAGCCCUUCCAGCCAGGCUCUCAUGUGGAGAGCGACUAUCAGAGGUCUGCCUGCUCCCUCCAGUCCCUUGGCAACACAACCCCUCACGCAAAAAGUAAAGACCUGAAUGGGAGCUGCAUGCGUCCAAGUUUGUCCCAGGAGCACCAUCCACCUCCAACUGUUUCGCCGCCCCCAAACCCUGCCUCCAACAGCACCAGUAACAACAGCAAUAACCAGUCGGGGAGCAGUAAAAGUGCCCCCAGCAAAGCCAACCUCAGUGCAAAUGCCAGUCUCACCAAGCAGAUUUUCCCCUGGAUGAAAGAAUCGAGGCAAAACUCCAAACAGAAAAACACUUCCCCUAGCACAGCAGAAACAUGCAGUGGCGAGAAAAGCCCUCCAGGCUCCUCGGCCUCCAAGAGAGCCCGCACAGCCUACACCAGUGCUCAGCUGGUGGAGCUGGAGAAGGAAUUCCACUUCAACCGCUACCUGUGCAGGCCCCGCCGUGUGGAGAUGGCCAACCUGUUGAACCUCAGUGAGAGGCAGAUCAAGAUCUGGUUCCAGAACAGGAGGAUGAAGUAUAAGAAAGAUCAGAAGUCAAAAGGCAUGGGGUCUUCUUCUGGAGGGCCUUCCCCCACCAGCAGCCCACCCCAGCCCAUGCAAUCCUCUGCUGGAUUUAUGAAUGCCUUGCACACCAUGAGCAGUAACUACGAUGCCCCCUCACCGCCUUCCUUCAAUAAGUCCCACCAAAAUGCCUAUGCCAUGCCAACUAACUACCAAAACCCCAUCAAAGGCUGCCCCUCCCAACAGAAGUACACCAACACAGCCCCUGAGUACGACCCGCACGUGUUACAAGGGAAUGGGGUGGCAUACGGGACUCCCAGUAUGCAGGGAAGUCCCGUCUAUGUUGGAGGUAACUAUGUGGAUUCUAUGCCCACCUCUGGCCCAUCCCUUUAUGGCCUCAAUCACCUGCCACAUCCCCAGGCAGCCAGCAUGGACUACAGUGGGCCUCCGCAGAUGCCUCCGAGCCAGCACCAUGGACCGUGUGAGACCCACCCCACCUACACAGACCUUUCCACGCACCACACAUCUUCUCAGGGCAGAAUCCAAGAGGCACCCAAGCUGACCCACCUGUGAUAGGGAACAGGGACAGGCUCGAGCCAACUGGAUGGGACCCCGACAUGGGACAGUGAGGAGGGGAAGAGGGCAGGACUAGCUUCAGAAGCAUUUGUGUUGAGCUACUUUUUUUUUUUUUUUUCUUUUGUUGAUGGGACAAUUUCUUAGGUUUUUGUGCUUGCCAUUAUUAUUUCUGGAUUCCAUUAGGCACAAUUUCCAAUCAUUUCAGUAUUUACUGCCAAAAGCAGCUUUCUCUCUGAAGAGAUAUACCACCUGUGGGUCAACAAAAAUGCUUCUGAAGCUGUUUUUGGGUAGAUUCGUGGGAAUCUAGCAGAUUUUUUUGCAGCAACAUCCUUAAUUUUCAAACAAACUACAGAUUACCACUGGUAAUUCUUGGACAGUGGACAGCAGAAUAGUCAUCCAGCCAAAUCUUGUUGGUGUCUCUGCAUCUACAGAAAUAUACACACCUGUCUUUAUAGGCAAUCAAAAGAGAUUCCCAAGAAAACUACCCUCCUCCUCAACUUAUUCUCUAGAAAAACGUUGUGCUUUCCUUUCCAGCCUUCAGAGGAAGGGCAUCCUUUUUUGACGAGUAACUUCCCACCAAUCCCCAUAUAAACUGCAAAUAUACACACCUGCCAACGUGUAGAAUUCACACUCUUCCCCUCUUACCCCUCCUCCCCUCUCAAAAAUAAUUUUUAAAGGAUAGAAUAAGAGAGGUCUAAGAAUUGCAAAAGGUUCAGGAAACAAGUUUCUGAAAUGCCGAAAAAAACCAACCACACUAACAGCAGUCCAAAGAGAAGAAAAAAAGAGUUGACAGGUCUGAAUAUUUUUCCACCUUUGCCACUGAUGAUGUGAAGUUUCAAUUUUUCCAUUCGAUGACACCAUUGGUUGAUUUUUUUAAAAUUUAUUAUUGUUAUUUUUGGGGGGGAGCAGGGGGAUUUUUCUUAGGGUUCACUAACAGAAAAGCAAUCUUAAGACUUAGAAGUCCUAUGCUUCUUUCCUCAUCUUCUCCUGACCUUACGUGAAAACAGGGUAUAUUUGAACAAAUGGAACGUCCUCCAAUCGAAGCAGAAGUGAAUGGAUCUCUAGUAUUUGCUAAUGCUUUAUUGUCUGGACAUCUUUGUUGCACUUAGAGUUUACAUAUAAUGGGUAUAAAAACAACUUUGAAGGGCAUCUGUCCAACUCAGUCGAGAUGUCCUUCAAUAGGUGUGUGUUCUGGUGAACAUUCAUAUAUAUUUAUUGGUUAUAGCCAGUUUAAAAUAUUUUCAUUUUUGUAUUAUUUAUCCCCAAUAUUAUGUAUUUAUAUGAGGAAAAAAAAAGAAUCAAAUUGUACUUUUUUAGUAUUUGUUAUAAAGGACAUUGUGUUUCCUUGUCAUUGUACAACAAGCUUAUUUUAGUUAUUGUAAUUUAGAAAGACCAGUAGUUUUAUGUUACCUUCGUACUUAUGAAUAAUGUAAUUAGUUCUACUGGAGGCAUGAGAGCAGACCCAGCCUGUAAUUGUAUAGUCCCGGUUAGAAGAGCUAGAGCUGACCCCUCCCUCCCGCCUCGCCCUCCUCUCCGGAGUUCUUCCUUUGUUCUUACGGUUGUUAUUUUAUUUCCUUGCUUAAGGGUUGUCUGUUGAACACUUCUUGAAUAAAAUUUAUGUUAUCAA